AUGACUUCGUCAAUGGACAAGAACGAGAUCACUUACGUCGACGAGAAGCCGGGCUCGACCCACGCUGAGAAGCCGCACCAGAUCGUUCAGAUUGAUAACAUCCAAGUGUUGGGUAUUUCUCCUGAAGAUGCCGACUUUUACAUGAACUUCUCACCUGAGAAGAGGAAAAAGGUUAUUCACAAGGUCGACAAGCGCCUCGUGCCGAUGCUGGCAAUUCUCUACCUCAUCUCGCACAUCGACCGAGCAAACAUCGGAAACGCCAAAAUCGAAGGCAUGGUCGAAGAUCUUGGCCUUACUGGUGUGCAAUGGAACAUUGUCUUGUCUGUGUUUUUUGUGCCCUACAUCUUGUUGGAGAUUCCGUCCAACAUACUGCUGAAGAAGUUCAAGCGGCCAUCGUAUUAUCUCGGUAUACUUAUCUUCUGCUGGGGUAUCAUCAUGACCAUGAUGGGCGUGGUCAAGGGCUUUACUGGGCUGUUGAUCACACGCAUCCUUCUUGGAGUGUUUGAGGCCGGCUUCUUCCCUGGUGCCGUAUACUUAUGCACAUACUGGUACAUGCCACGCGACCUUGCGACGAGGAUCUCAUACUUUUACUGCGCAUCAGCUCUUUCCGGUGCCUUCUCCGGAAUCCUCGCAGCGGGUAUCGCCAAGAUGGACGGCGUCGGAGGCUACGAGGGUUGGCGCUGGAUCUUCCUCCUCGAAGGCAUCUUCACCGUCAUGCUGGGCAUCUCAUGCUUCUUUCUGCUGAUCGAUUCCCCAGCCUUGAGCGGGAGAUGGCUCAAACCUGAUGAGAUCCGCUUCCUCGAGUUGCAGAGGUUCAUCAAGGAUGGUGGCAAAUUCCAGGAAGAGAAGGGCGAGUCCUUCAAGUGGCACGACCUGAAGAUGGUGCUAUGCAAUUGGCGACUGUACAUGCAGGCGUAUAUUCUGCUUUGCAUCUCAGCAUGCUCAUAUGGAACCAAAUUCACGCUUCCAACAAUCACCAAGGGAAUGGGCUUCACCAACACCAACGCACAACUGAUGACGGUUCCUCCAUAUGUUGCAGGAGCCAUCAGCGCAAUUGUCUUCGCCAGGCUCUCUGAUCGGUUCUACUGGCGCCUUCCAUUCAUCGCAAUCCCGCUAUCAUUCAUCUUCAUCGGAUACUCGAUUGUCAUCUCGCUCAAAGGCAACCUCGGCGGCAAUCUCGGCCCAGCUUUCUUCGCCAUCAUUUUGACGUGCAUGGGUAUCUAUCCCAUCCAGCCGGCCGGAAGCUCCUGGGCAUCCAACAACCUCGCCCCUACCUCUCGCCGCGCCAUUGGUGUUGCUUUCAACAUUUGCGUCGGCAACAUUGGAGGAGUCAUCGGCUCCUACAUGUAUUUGGAGGCCGAGAAGCCCAAAUACUAUACAGGUUUCGGGCUGUCAUUGGCUUUCGGUGCGAGCGGUUUCAUCGUCGCUUUCCUGUUGGAGCUGUCAUACAAGUGGGGCAACACAAAGAAGGCCAAAAUGAGCGAGGAUGAGGUGAGGGCGAAGUACACUGACGAGGAGUUGUUGAACAUGGGUGAUAAGUCGCCGCUGUUCCGCUACACGCUCUAA